AUGUAUUUCGCAGCAAUUAUUAUUGUAUUUUGUUUAUUGCCAACAGUUACUGCUGCUAGCACAGGUAAUAGUUAUGAUACAUCAUGCACAUGUACGCAAGCUUCGCCAAAUGGAUCAUUUUGUUGGGCAUGGACAUGUCGAACAGAUCAAAUAACGAAAUGUUUUCCUAAUGAUGCAACGGUUGAAAUUAUUCAGACACGUAGACGUAUACCGAUGAAAAAUCUAAAUAUAGGAGAUCGAAUAUUGGUUGAUAUUGAUCGUCAUGGAAAUCGUAUCUAUGAACCAGUUUAUGCUUUUAUUCAUGCGAAUCAAAACGGAACGUAUGAUUAUUUGAAAAUCACAGUUGACAAGAGUUUCGAACAGCCGUUGAUGAUUUCAAGUAAUCAUUUGAUUUUUCGAUUCAAUCAAACCAAGCCAUGCUUUGCUGGACAUUUGAAAAUUGGUGAUCAGUUACAGAUAGUAUCAGAACACGGCGCAUAUCAAGCAGGAACAAUAGCCGAUAUUCAAUUGAUUAAAAGUCAAGGCUUUUAUGCACCACUGACACGCAGUGGGAAAUUCUUAAUAGAUGGUAUUUUAGUUUCAAAUUAUGCAGUUGUGGCUAAUCAUCAACUUGCUCAUUUGGUUAUACAACCAUAUCGAUGGGGUAUUGAACUUUUAGGAUCAUCGGCAUAUUCCGCAAAUAUCCACUGGUAUUUUCAAACAUUGUAUGACUUUGUGGAAAAAAUUACGCCAAUCACUACAAAGUUUGUUGUCAGAUCAGAUCAGACCAGAAAGAGACUCAAUCUAGUAUUGAUGGCAACAGAGCACGAGCAAACAAGUGUUUCAGCUAAUGAUAAUAUAGGUACGGCGGAUACGAGCUAUGGACAGCAUGAUAUUGAUCUUGAUUUACAAACACAACAACAAAACCAAAUAGAAACGGAAGUAGCUUUGACUCAACCGUUGAUUAGUGAAAAAAUUCCAUUAAUACAGUUACAGGAUGAAUAUGCAUUAGACGACAAAAUCUAUCAAGAUAAAGUUUCUGAAUUAAUUAAACGAUAUAAAUAUAUUCGACGCACCCGUCGAGAUGGUAAUUGUUUCUAUCGUGCAUUUGCAUUUGGUUAUCUCGAGAGAAAUCUUAACAAUCAAACUGAAUUAGAACGAUUUCGACAAUUAACUAAUGAUCUUAAAGAUCACCUAGUUAAAUUAGGAUAUUUAGAAUUCACUGUUGAAGAUGUUAGAGACAUUGUUCUUGAGAUUAUUGAUAAUCUACGUAAAGACGGAAGUGAAACGACUCUAAUUGAAAGUUUGUGUUCGUCCAAUUAUUCGGAUUAUGUAGUUGCAUAUUUACGAUUAUUUACGUCAGCUUAUUUGCAAAUGAAUCGUGAGUUUUUUGAAAACUUCAUUGAAGAUGGCAAAAGUGUCAAACUCUUUUGUAAUACUGAAGUGGAGCCCAUGGCACGUGAAUCUGACAAUAUACAUAUAAUAGCAUUAACUAAAGCAGCUGGCGUUCCUCUACGAGUGGUUUAUAUGGAUCGAAGUGAACAAUCAACAUUAACUACACAUGAUUUUGCCGCUCAUGACGAUGAAUCGAACAAAGCAUUCCAACCGAUGAUUACCAUGCUCUAUCGACCUGGUCAUUACGAUCUUCUCUACGAAGACUACUUAGCUAAUGGCAAGCAGUUGAGUAAACGAGGUACUGUUUCAGUUAGCAUUCAAACAGUAUCAACAAAUGAUAUUUUAAAAUGGAUCUGUGAUGAAAACCCAUUGGCUCCAUACUUUGGCUUUUGUCAAGGAUCUACAACAACGACAAGCACGGCGUCAACGUCAACCAAGUCUGGUGGUACGCUACCAUCUCAAGUCACGACUACCAUGCCAACGACUGUCCGAGCCGCUGAUUCGCCAACAGUUCUCGAACUUGCUCACUGGUGUCGCUUCCCCAAUGGUUCAUAUGCGUCACAGGGCUAUCAAUUUGUUGACUCAAACUGUAAUUACUGUCAGUGUACAAAAUCACGUCUGAUUAGUUGUCAUAAAAUGUCAUGCAUGGCAACAUACUGUGUUGAUAACACUGUCCCAAGUCGUAGACCAGGUCAAUGUUGUUCACAAUGUGCAUACGAGACCAAUUCAACCCGAUGCGUUUCAGAGGGUUAUUCAUUUCCUCACGGUGCUGUCAUCAAAACUACAUCGAACAAAGUUUACUGUUGGUGUCAACUGGGAACAAUCGAAUGCCGUAAAAUUGGCGUUUCACUCUUUUCUGGUUUAGAUGUUUGGGGUGAAGGUACAGCUGUCUACGUCAUCAUCAUUAUCUUAUGCGUCGUUUUAAUUCUCGGUACUUUACUCUGCGGUGGAUGUUCACUUCUCUAUUACUAUUACUACUAUUACCAUAAUCAACAAUCUGCUGAACAAGCUUAUUGGGACAAUGCUGGCUGGCAACCUAUGGGUGAAGAAGAACAAGUUGCUGAUGCUAGUGCAGAGCAAAAGAAAGCCGAAGCUGAACAAAGCCAACAAGAACAAGAAUAUUCAACUGGUUUUUCACCAGAAUACGUCCCACCACCAUAUGCACUCUACAAUGGUACAUACGACAACGAACAAGCAAGCAAAGAUCAAAAACACAUUUAA